UCAGACACACUGACACACCUACUCUCAUAAGCAUCUAAUCAUUUUUCUCAUCUUCUCUGCUAUGCCAAUGGCUACCACACACUCUCUACCACUCCAAGAGAGAGUUCCUCUCAACAACACUCUGCAAAGAGCUUCAGACCUCACGAUCCUCUUCCUUCUCAUCUCCCUUCUUUACUGCCGUCUCAUAUCACUCCAUUUUCAUGGCUUUGUCUGGCUUCUUUCUUUUAUCUGUGAGUCUUGGUUCACCUUCGUUUGGAUCCUCGACACCAACGCCAAAUGGAAUCCAGUCACAUACAAAACAUACCCACAUAACCUUCUCAAAAGACUUGAUGAACUUCCAGCAGUGGACAUAUUUGUCACAACAGCAGACCCAAAGCUAGAGCCUCCAAUCAUCACUGUCAACACUGUUCUAUCUCUUUUGGCAGUGGAGUACCCUGUUGAGAAGUUGGCUUGUUAUGUUUCUGAUGAUGCUGCCUCAGCUGCCACCUUUUACUCUCUUGUUCAAGCUUCCAAGUUUGCCAAGCUCUGGGUUCCCUUUUGCAAGAAGUAUGAUGUUAGAGUUAGAGCUCCUUCAGUUUACUUUUCCACUCAGUGUCCACCUUCAGUUCCAUCAGCUCUCCCUUCAGAUUUCAGAAAUGAUUGGAACCAUGUCAAGGAUGAGUAUGAGAAGUUAUGCCAAAGAAUAGAGAAUGCAUGUAAAGAAAAACAUGAUGGUGUUCCCAAGACUGAUGAGUUUGCUGACUUUUCAGAUGUGGAAAGAGGGAACCAUCCUAGCAUUGUCAAGAUUAUAUGGGAGAACAACAAGGAUGCUAAUGCUAUGGAAGAUGGAUUUCCACACCUUAUUUAUGUGUCUAGAGAGAAGAGGCCAAGGCACUCACACCACUUCAAAGCAGGAGCUAUGAAUGUCUUGACAAGAGUAUCAGGAGUGAUGACCAAUGCACCAUUAAUUCUCAAUGUGGACUGUGACAUGUUUGCAAACAACCCGGAGGUUUUUCUUCAUGGAAUGUGCCUUCUUUUUGGGUUCCCUCAUGAAGUCCACAGUGGAUAUGUUCAGACCCCUCAACAAUUCUAUGGUGGUCUCAAAGAUGAUCCGUUCGGCAACCAACUUGUUGUCCUACAACAUAAAGUUGCGCUUGGGAUUGCAGGCCUGCAAGGUCCCUUGUAUGGGGGAACUGGUUGUUUUCACCGUAGGAAAAUCAUAUAUGGUUCUUCUCCUGAUCUUCCCCAUGCUCACAAAUAUGAUGUGUUGUCCUACAAAGAACCUAAACAAGUGUUUGGAGAUUGCAGAGAGUUACUAGACUCUGCUGCUCAUAUAAGGUCUGCCACCAUGAAGACAUCAGCAAAACUCAUUGAUCUCUCAACCAAGAUUGAAACAGCAAAACAAGUAGCUUCUUGUACUUACGAGUUCAAUACCUGCUGGGGAAAAGAGAUUGGCUGGGUAUAUGGGGCGGUUGCGGAGGACAUAAUAACUGGGUUAAAGAUUCAAAGCAUGGGUUGGGAAUCCAAGUGUAUGACUCUAGACCCGGCUCCAUUCCUCGGCAUUGCUCCGGCCGGUGGUCCAGCCAGCUUGACACAGUUCAAGCGAUGGGCUACUGGCCUUCUCCAGUUUCUCCUUGGUCCAUACAACCCAUUGUUGGCCAUCAUCUACAAAAGUCUCAGAUUUCGCCAGUGCCUCGCUUACCUUUUCUUCAUUGUCUGGCCAUUGCGUUCUCUCUUUGAGCUCUGCUACACUCUCCUCCCUGCUUCUUGUUUCCUCACAAACACCUCCUUUUUGCCAAAGGCAAGUGAACCGGCAAUAAUGAUACCAUUGGGACUAAUGGUAAGCUAUAAUGUUGGGACUUUAUUGGAGUACUUCGAGUGUGGUUUGUCCAUACGUGCAUGGUGGAACAACCAGAGGAUGCAGAGGAUCUAUGCACUGACUGCAUGGUUGUUUGGUUUCAUUGGAGGGGUGUUAAAGACAAUGGGGUUAUCUGAGACCAUCUUUGAGCUCACAAGGAAGAAUCAAAACUCAGGUGAGAGUAAUAUUGAUCCUCGGAGAUUCACAUUCGACUCAUCACCAAUGUUUGUGCCGGGGACUGCAGUGGUGAUGGUGAAUAUGGUGGCUCUUGUGGUUGGCCUUGUGAGGAUGAUGGUGAAUGGAGAAGAUGUAGAAGAAGGUGGUGGUGAUGGUCCUGGAUUAGGGGAGCUUGUUUGCAGUUUAUGGGUGUUACUCAGCUUCUGGUCAUUCGUUAAGGGGCUCUUUGGAAAGGGUUGUUAUGUGAUCCCUUGGGUUAUUGUUUUCAAGGCAGCUGCUUUGGUCUUACUUUUUUUGCAAAUAUUUGCAAAGUGGUCAUAGCUUCAGCAAGACACUUAUGGUAUUUAGAUGUAUCAUUUGAGUAGAAUGUUUAUCUGUAUCAAUUUUUAUGUAUUUUGUAUACUGAUUAAUGUUAUCAUUAAUAUAUUAAUGCUGAAAAUUAUAGUCUGCCCAAAUGUUGGGGGGUACUAUUAUAAAAGUUUGCUUUAUUUUAA